AUGGUGGCCAUUCAGGGCCCAGCAGAGCGCCUUCCCAGCCCAAUUGCCAGGCUGGGCCGCGAAGAAAAGAAAUGUCCGGCCAAGUACGGCACCAAGCCUAUUAGUAGCGCCCGUGGUUGGCGAGGGUUGCGGGCGAUGCGCCAUGCUGCGCAGGUGUGCAGAGGGCUCGCAGAGGCAGCACGCUCGCUCGAGCGGCCCUACGUCCCCAGACACGUGCCCCUGCCGUCGAGCAGCUACAGCGCAGCCGCACAGAGCCCCGCUUUGCCAAGUCCGCCGAGACCCAAUGCGCUGGACAGGAAAGGCGAGGUAGAGUCGCAACGUCCCAAAACAAUUGCUCAGCGGCCUGGAGCAGGUCGCCUCAGAGAUUCUGUCAGCACCGAUUCAAGCAGCAGCACCCACAACAGCCUCGCAAAGACGAGACAACCACCAAUAGCACAGCCUUUCUCUGUACGCAAGUUCGAAGCCCCUUUGGAAGUCGACUCGAUUCGAUCUUCGACACGACAGCGGCCAAAGAGUGUCCGCGAUUCCGGGGCAGUGGAUGCUAAGCAGAAGAGGCGCGAAGAUGGCAGAACGAGUACAAGAGCGGAAGGUGGCUCAAUCCUGCCAGCUUACGUCCAAGCGAAGCUCAAGCGGCUCAAGACAGUCUACCCUUCGCUGAACCAAGAGCAAGCUUUGCUGCUGUGGCGUACAUUCGAGCGCACCCGUACGUUCCGCACAUACCGUCCGCAAGCGCUCAUCUCUUGGUACGAGGAUCACGUCUGGACCACCGAACGGCAGACCACCGAUGCAGCGCGCAUCGAGUCGGCGGCGUCGCUCUGCAUGCUGCUGCGCUACGCGUAUCUUCGCAACGAUCUACGCUCGCUCCUGCGCGUCGAAGCGCGAGCUGUGCGCUCUGCGUGGCUCGCCAAAGACCGCCAUCGCACCACAUCGGCGCCAGGAUCGACGAAGCAGCUCGGUGGAGACGAGGCGGAUGGGGUGACGCUAUGGCCCGCGCACGGCGAGGAUCCACGCCGGCUGGCGCAUAAUCUCAAAGUAGCACUCGCGGCGCGCCACGGCGAUUGGAUCAAGGUCGAGCAGCUCCUGGACGCGCAUGGUGCGGCUCGGAAUCGAGGCUCGCAUGAGCUCGAUGCGGUCGGAUGGGGAAGCUUGCUGCGCUUCGGUCUAGGAAGUGUGGAAACGGUGACCGAGCCAAUCGUCACUCCGCGUCCAGUCGAAGAGCCAGCACCUUCCAAGAGCAGCGCGCGCAAGAAGCAGCCUCGCAAAUCGGCCAUGCCCGAGGUAGUUGAAGCGAAAGAGCGCGUGGAGGAACCAAAGGAGGAUGGGGACGAGAAGAAGCUGCAAGCGGAAGCUCGGAUUUCUUUGACGAAGCGGUUGAUGCCGCAACUGUUGCGCCAAAUGACGGCGAAGCAGGAUGCGGCGGGCUUGGCGCCCGGAUGGUUGCUCGACGCGGUGCUGACGCAGCUUUUGGAGCACGCCAAGUCGGAUGCUGUGCUGCGUAUCGUUCGUCUGGCGCUUGCCGAGACUGAGCCGCAGCAAGAUCCAUUGGUAAGGGGCGGUUUCACAGGUAUGCUCAACCUCGCGCUUGCGGCGUGUGUGCAAGACCGCAAAGUAACCCUCGCCGAAACGCUGCGGAUCUUCAACAGCAUCACUGGAGCGAGCUUUGGUCGGGACCUUGCGGGUCGCUCAACGCAGGCGGAGGGAAAGGCGGAGAUUGUGCCGAACGAAGAGUCGUUGGUGCUGAUACUGAAGAAGGUGCGGCAUCCGCUGUUCAGGGCAUCGUGGAGUCGCAAGUUGCUGGACGAAUUCGUGCAGCGAUGGCCACAUGUUAGGCUCACAGGUCGAAGCUAUCGUAUGGUUCUUGAUCUCUGUGCAACUGCCCCACCCAAGCCAACCUCCGACUCGCACGCAAGGGAAGGAGGCGAGAGAAAGGUCGCAGUACCGGGUUCAAUCCCAGAUCGGGCGCGGGGGGUGAUCGUCAAGGCAACGCUACUCGAACGUACGCUGCUCGACAUCCUCGCGCGGUUCGAAACCAACCCCUCGACCUUCCACCGCACCACCACCAACCGGUUUCGCUUCAACCACACGCUCGUCAACCUGCGCCGCAUCGUCAAGCUCAAACUCGCAACGCACCCGCAACCCACCCAGCUGAAUCACAUCAUCCACCUCAUCCACCGCCUCCAAUACAUCACCCGAAAACCCUCCACCCCCAAACCUUAUCCCAACUAG